UUUAUGUGAUAGGAGGAAUUGGAGGAGCCGAAUCGAAGCGGUUGACUUGUGGGAGGAGUAUGAUCUUGAAAAAGGAACAUGGCGUGAAAUCCCAAACAUGUCUCCUGUGCAAGCUAACGCUGCUACAUCUGAUGCACCUUUGGUGGCAGUUGUAGACAAUGAGCUGUACGUGGCUGAUUAUGCUGACAUGGAGGUGAGGAAGUAUGACAAGCAAAAUAAAGCAUGGGUUACCAUAGGACGGCUGCCCGAAAGAGCAGCUUCCAUGUAUGGUUGGGAUUUGGCUUUUCGAGCAUGUGGUAACAGGCUAAUUGUAAUUGGUGGACCCAAGGGAGGUGCAGAAUAUAUUGAAGUGAAUUCAUGGGUUCCAAGUGAAGGGCCGAUACAAUGGGACUUGCUUGGCCAAAAGCGAUCUGGUAGCUUUGUGUAUAACUGUGCUGUCAUGGGGUGCUGAUCUUGUAAUCCUAGUCUUUUGUCCUUGAUGAUGUUAUCUUGAUCCAUAUUUCUUUCUGUUUUGAAUUCAUGUUUGUUCUUUGCCAGCAAUCUCUAUCGUUGCACUGCAAUAUGCAUUUAAAGGGAAAAAUAGGACAAUGAAAUUCCAUAAUUGUAUGCUGAUAGACAAGCGAACUCCUAUCUCAUCUCAUCUUUAUUUUCCCUCCUUUAUAUGAUUGGAUAUGUUUGAAAAAUAGUUGCAUCUUUGUGAAGUCAGACCAUUACUUCUUGAGAUAUGACAUAUGCAUGUGUUUUACAUGAUUUUUUUAUUCAUUCCCUCUGAAGUUUUCCACCAAGAGUUUUAGUUAAUUCACUCAUAACUCUUUGCAUUUGUUAAUUUCUCUCUACAUCGUAGUCUCAGAGCAUCUAGUUCUGGAAUGAAGGAGGGACACAUCCACCGCAAUUUGCUGAAAAGAGGAGAAGUGGAAAAUAAGGAAUGAUCAAUUGGACACAAUGGUCGAAUACAACAGAGUGAAGGUCAAGUGUUUGAUUGAAUUUACUAAAGGGUUUGUGCGUAGGUAAGGUCAAACUUCUGUUAUUGAUUCGAAGAAAUGAUCAAAAGAGCUUUAUUUGCUCGAGAAGUGGGCGUUUCCAAUGAUAAUGCAUGGCCUCUUAGGAUGGGAAUUCACCGCAAAUACUAAGAGAGGUUGAUAAAAUACUAGUUUAUUUAUUGUUGAUAAAAUGGCCUAGUCCUUCA